AGAGAGAGUCCAUCCUCCUCCGCAGUUUGCAGUGUGUUAUGUCUCAGACUCGGAGGUAGAGAGUCGAAGCUGCUCGUCUGGCGGAUCUCAACCUCUGAAACAAACCCCCGGUGUCUUCUCUGGACCGUCCCCGUAUCCCUCCUCACUCACCCGGGUUUUGUUUCUCUCCGGACCCCUGGAAGCAUCUAUUUAUUUCUUUUUUUUCUACCCUUCUUCUUCCUCUCGACUCCGGCCAACAGUUUGGUCUUUGGGAUUUGCUUUUUUUAUUACUGUUCGGUGGUGGUUUCACUCAACACAGUUCCCUGCCGCCGCCGCCGCCGCCGCCGCUGCUGCUGUUGCUGCUGCUGCCGCCGCUUUUACGCACCGACGCUUAUUUUGGAUUUGCUCAUCACUGGUGAAAAUCACCUAAAUCAGCGAGGUGGAUCCGUGGAUGCGCCUUUUUGGCUCAAACUGGAGAUGGAAAUGCUGAUAUUGUUAUUUCAAUCCCUGUGGAUAUUGCAAUGCAACACAGUGAGCGCCGACUCCAUCAUUCACAUUGGUGCAAUAUUUGAGGAGAACGCCGUGCGGGACGAUGAGGUUUUCCAGCUCGCCGUGUCUGACCUCAGUCUGAGCGAUGACGUCCUGCAGAGCGAGAAGAUCACUCACUCUAUUAAACUCAUCGAGCCCAACAACCCGUUCCAGGCGGUGCAGGAAGCCUGCGAGCUGAUGAACCAGGGCAUACUGGCGUUGGUUACCUCAACGGGCUGCGCGUCCGCCAGCGCGCUGCAGUCCCUGACGGACGCCAUGCACAUCCCUCACCUGUACAUCCAGAGGAACAGCGAGGGGUCACCGCGCACCGCCUGCCAUUUCAACCCGAGCCCUGGGGGGCAGCGCUACACCCUGUCCGCCCGGCCGCCCGUCCGCCUCAACGACGUCAUGCUGACUCUGGUGGAGGAGCUGCGCUGGCAGAAGUUCAUCAUCUUUUACGACAUUGAGUACGACAUCCGCGGGCUGCAGGGCUUCCUGGACCAGACGUCCCGGCAGGGCGUGGACGUGGCCUUGCAGCGGGUGGACAGGAACAUCAGUAAAGUCUUCACCAACCUGUUCACCACCAUGAGAACGGAGGAGCUAAACCGCUACAGAGACACGCUACGCAGAGCCAUCCUGCUGCUCAGCCCCCACGGAGCUCACACCUUCAUCCAGCAGGCGGUGGAAACAAACCUGGCCUCCAAAGACAGUCACUGGGUGUUUGUGAAUGAGGAAAUCAGCGACACAGAGAUCCUGGAGCUUACCCACAGUGCACUGGGGCGCAUGACGGUGAUCCGGCAGAUCUUCCCCCUGUGGAGGGACAGCAGCACGCGCUGUAUGAGACACAACCACCGGAUCUCGUCUCUGCUGUGCGACCCUCAGGAAGGCUACCUGCAGAACCUGGAGGUGUCUAACCUCUACCUGUACGACAGUGUGCUGAUGCUGGCCAACGCCUUCUACAGGAAGUUGGAGGACAGGAAGUGGCACAGUAUGGCCAGCCUCAACUGCAUCAGGAAGUCCACCAAGCCGUGGAACGGAGGCUGGUCCAUGCUAGAGACCAUCCAGAAGGGCAACAUCACAGGUCUGACAGGUACGAUGGAUUUUAAGGACGGCGGCUCCAACUCUCACGUCCAGUUUGAGAUUCUCGGCUCCAGCUUCAGCGAGACCUUCGGCAAGGACAUCAAGAGGCUGGCUACGUGGGACUCUGUUCACGGCCUGAACGGCAGUCUGAAGGAGAGUCGCAUAGAGAACGGCAUGCAGGGGGUGACGGUCAAAGUGGUCACUUUACUGGAGGAUCCUUUCGUCAUGGUGGCAGAGAACAUCUUGGGGCAGCCAAAGAGAUAUAAAGGAUUCUCCAUCGACGUCCUGGACGCCCUCGCCAAAAUCCUGGGCUUCAAAUAUGAGAUCUACCAGGUGGCAGACAGUAAAUACGGAUCUCAACUUCCCAACGGCUCGUGGAACGGCAUGAUUGGGGAUCUCAUCAACAAGAGAGCCGACCUGGCGGUGUCGGCCAUCACCAUCACACCGGAGCGGGAGAACGUGGUCGACUUCAGCAAGCGCUACCUGGACUACAGCGUUGGCAUCCUGCUGCGAAAACCCGAAGAAAAGAUCAACAUCUUCUCUCUGUUCGCGCCCUUCGACCUGGCCGUUUGGGCCUGUAUCGCCGCGGCCAUUCCCGUGGUCGGAGUGCUCAUCUUCCUGCUCAACAGGCUGCAGGCGCUGCGCUCCUCCGCUACCCAGAAUGCACCGCCAGGACAGCCCUCCAAUGGCGGCGUGGGCUCGGGCUCUCUGAACAGCGCCAUCUGGAUUGUUUACGGAGCGUUCGUGCAUCAAGGCGGGGACGGUGCGAUCGGCUCGAUAGCUCUGAGGAUCGUCAUGGGCAGCUGGUGGCUCUUCACGCUCAUCGUGUGCUCGUCGUACACCGCCAACCUGGCAGCUUACCUCACCGUGUCACGCAUGGACCACGCUAUACGGUCGUACCAGGACUUGGCUCGGCAGAUAGACGUGGACUACGGCACGGUGAGGGACUCGGCGGUCUACGACUACUUCAGGAACAAAGGCACAAACCCCCUAGAGCAGGACAGCACCUACGCAGAGCUGUGGAGGACGGUCAGCAAGAACAAUGGCAUGGACUACUCCGUGUCCAGCCCGUCUGAGGGCAUACGCAAGGCGAAGAAGAGUCCCUACGCCUUCCUGUGGGACAUGGCGGUGCUGGAGUACGCCGCGCUGACGGACGACGACUGCACCAUCACCGUGUCGGGCAGCAGCAUGAGCAGCAAAGGCUACGGCAUCGCCAUGCAGCACGGCAGCCCCUACAGAGACCUCUUCUCCCAGAAGAUCCUGGAGCUUCAGGAGAAAGGUGACCUGGACGUCAUGAAGCAAAAGUGGUGGCCUCGCACCGGCCGCUGCGACCUCAACAGUCACGCCAGCACCCCCACCGACGGCCGCUCCCUCAAGCUGCACAGCUUCGCUGGCGUCUUCUGCAUCCUGGCCGCCGGCCUACUGCUGGCCUGCCUGGUGGCCGGGCUGGAGGCUUGGUGGAACAGCAACCGCUGCCGCCAGGAGCAGCCCAAAGAGGUUACUAAGGAUUACAGACUGGCAAGGGUUUCUGGUCCAUUGACAUAUAAUGACAUUACAACUGCUUCAUCGGAGGGGAGGAGGGACAUUUGGACAGACAGAGAGAGAGGCUGGGAUGAAGCAGAAGCUAUUGAUACAGGACAAGGAGGUGAAUCUGGAACAGGUGCAUCGUCGUAUGAACAGUCUUUUGGACGAGGACUUGGCGCACAAGCAGAUCCCCGGCCCCUCUAUCGAGAUCUCUGCGCUGGACAUCGGCAGCAUGCAGCCCAGCCAGGCCUCUCAGAUGCCGGGGCCGGAGUCCGUGCGGGACUACCCGCACUCGGGCCUCGCUGUGACCACCUUCCUCCCCGGGGAGGGGGGGCCACCUCCUCCUCUUCCCCACCCUCACCAUGGGGGGACCCUAGGCAGGACACUUCCUCUGUCCCAGGGCCCUGGCAGCAACACAUUGCCCCUGCACCACCAGCUCAGCAGCGGCACCAUGCAGUGCAAACACAGGGCACCCAACGGGGGGCUCUUCCGGCAGAGCCCUGGCAAGACACCCAUGCCAAUGUCCUACCAGGCAGUCUCCGCAGGACCCAUACCCGAAGCCAUUGAGGCCACCCACAGUACAUCCAUUUAGGGAUAGAAAAGGGGACGUGGGGGCGGGACAGGGAGGGGUCAAACUGCAUCGACGAUAAGUUUCUGUCCGGACUUUGGUUUGGUUUCGGAUGUGAGGGGGGUUGGGGAUCUGUAGAGGAAAAUUAUUAUAGAAGACAAAAAAACAUAAAUGUACAAAGUGAAAAGAUUUUGUAUCUCACUACCUGUUCAGAAAAGCCGAUGUGACGGGAAGAAAAAAAUAGCAGGAGGGGUUGGCAGGUGUAAUUUUUCUCUUGUACAUAUCUGUAAAUACCAAGAGAACGAAGUAAGGUUAAAGUGUAUUUUGAAUAUUCUCAAUUUUUUGAAGUUGAGUUAUAAAAAACCAACAAAACAAGAUAAAAAAAAAAAAAAAACCUAAAAAUAUAUAUAUACAUUGAUGAAAAAGUUAUGACUGUUUGAAUGGCUUUGUAAAUUUUGUUCGAUAUAAAACAAUGACGCGAAAUUCAUUGUGAUUGUUUUCUAAGUGCCGAAAAUUAAACGAUGUCUCUCCACAACUCAUCGAUGUAAACGACUACCCAUGAUGCACCGCUGUAGGGGACAUUUUAGUGUUGGAGACCUACUGUUAUGCACCUCUGUACCAACCCGAUAUAUAUCUUCAGCAUCGGACGGAAAUGAUCACAAUUUCUUCUUUUGUUUUUCAUUUGUAUUAAAAUUAAAUAUAUAAUAUACAUUGUUUUUUUCAAAUGAAAAGUCUACAUUCAUUUUCUUACGUUGACUGUAAAUGAUCUAUUGUUCAAAAAUUGGGGAGUGUGGGGGGGGGGUCAUAUUUUACACACAGCUGAGUGGUUUGUUUUUAUA